UGGAAAUUAGUCGGGCAAGCAUUGAAAAGCGAAAACACUUGGACGCUGGGCGGGAUGCACUCCUCGCACAUCAUCAGAUCGUGCGUUUUUAGGUCAAGCCGCAGUUGUCACUGACACUCUGACACACAAACACCCACGCAGUGCAUCUGUAUCCAGUGGAUGCGUUUCGGGCUAAAGAUUCCCAUUGUUAUCUCUGCAAGACAAUUUGCCAAUUUAGAGCUUAACGCAAUCAAAGCGAUUUAUUGAAUGCACUGCGAGAUAAUCUGGGGGCUUGUAUUUUAGCCUAGGUAUAUUUGAAAAUUAUGGUUAUCCUUUUUUAGGUAAUUAAGUAGCCAGAUUCCUCUGGGACGUCCAAAAAUAAUUCUUAAAUAGUGUCUUAAAAUAUAUUGUUUGUUUUUUAAGAGUUACCCACACUGCCGAGUAACCCGCACAUUUUUCCAUGUCACCAGAUCACUCCCGAGUGCCGCCUCCCACUUUCAGAAGAAAACAAAAACUGCGUGCGAGGCUUUAAAAACCCAGAUUUCGGGCGCUACACAUCCAGUGCCGUAGAAAUAAUUCCGCAGCAAAGUGCCCAGUACCAGUACUCGCAGUUGCCGCGGAGGGAAGCGCUCUAGAAUCUGUCCAGCCCAAAGGAUUAGCAGUGGUCCCAGCACAUCACCCACAUUCCUCUGUCACCCAACAUGGCCAGUCACUUGCCCAAAGGAGGUGCCCUCGUCCUGGUGCUCAAUCUUCUCCUGCUUUCGCAAUGGGAGACCGAGUCCAAGCUGCUGACCCGUUGCCAGUUGGCCAAGGAGCUGUUGCGCCACGACUUUCCCCGCAGUUACCUGUCCAAUUGGGUUUGUCUGGUGGAAGCGGAGAGCGGUCGCAGUACAUCCAAAUCUAUGCAACUGCCCAACCAAAGCGUCAGCUAUGGGCUCUUUCAGAUCAACAGCAAAAACUGGUGUCGCAAAGGGCGUCGCGGUGGCAUCUGCAACAUCAAAUGCGAAGAGUUCCUGAAUGAUGAGAUCUCGGAUGACUCACGCUGCGCCAUGCAGAUCUUCAACCGCCACGGAUUCCAGGCCUGGCCCGGAUGGAUGAGCAAAUGUCGUGGGCGCACGCUGCCCGACGUCUCGCGCUGCUAGGACUGCUCUUCGACUCGCU